AUGGAGCCAGUGAACUACGUACGAGUGAAAGAAUACAGUCAGAAAGUCCUGAAACGAAAACCUGAUAAUGCCAAGGCCUUGUAUUGGGCUGGAGUGGCCUUUUUCCAUCUGCAGGACUAUGACCAGGCUCAGCACUACCUCCUGGUUGCUGUCAGUAGGCAGCCAAAAGACGCCAAUGUCUGGCGGUACCUCCAGCUAACACAGUCGGAACUCAGUAGCUACCAUCAGAAAGAGAGACAGCUCUACCUGGGCACGUUUGGUUAA